CUUUGGUUGGCGGUGGGGGGAUCUUCCAUUACCGAGCAUGUGUUUAGGUCACUGAAUCCCUGCAUCUCACGCGCAGACACGAACAAAGCUCAGCAUGAAGCUCAUCUCUGCUGUGGUGUUCGUGUGUGUGUGUAGUGGUGCUCCGCCCCCCUCCAUGCCAGACAAGGUGUUUGCUCUGGCUGGGUCAUGUGCUCUGCUGCCAUGCUCUUCUUCCCCCACCCUGGGAUUAGAGGUCAGGCUGAGGGUUCGUUCCACCUUACUGAUGUCAACGGCCUUCAACAGCAACCCCACAGAACCUGUCAGCAGGAGUCAGAGGGAGCUUAAAACCCGAGUGGCUCUGGCUGGAGACCUGAGCUCUGGCGACUGCUCGCUGACCAUCGCUAACAUUAGCUCAGCAGACCCCACCACAUACGAGAUUCAGCUAAGGGAGAAGAGAGGAUCAUGGGGGAGUACCAGGAGCACCAAACUGACCAUCACCUACUUCCCUGAGCGUCCAGUCAUCUCUGCCCCUGCGGCAGUAACGGUGGGGCAGGUGGCAGUGGUAAACUGCUCUGUUCCGAUCAGCUGCCCCUCCCAGCUCCCCCGGCUGCAGUGGGUGUGGGAGAGGGGUGGCAAGGAAGGCAGCAGUGUGUAUGGAGUGAUGGACACAGUGAAGAUCAAAGGUCAGAUGUCCCUGCUGGUGUCAUCCCUUUCCUUCACCCCCUCUUACCUGGUGAAACCUCGGCUCAGGUGUGAAGCCCUUUACUCGGGAAGCAGGAAGACCACCGCUACCACUGAGCUCCACGUCAACUUUCCACCAAAAGAUGUGUCUGUGGAGGUCCACACUGUGGUAGUGAGGGAGGGGGGCAGCGCCCAGCUGGCCUGUGUAUGCAAGGCUGACCCACCAGUCUCUGAGUACCACUGGACUUACACACAGUCAGGCAUUACUCACAAACAGUCCAGCCGCUCAUCCACCAUCCGCAUCUAUAACAUCACCCGGGACACGAUGGUCCAGUGCAGUGCAAGGAAUGCCCUUGGCCAGGCCAGCAGUCCUCUAACCAACCUCAACGUCCAGUACUCUCCUGCCAUCCUGGAACACUCCUCCUCGUGUGAGUGGGACGGUUUUCUGAUGGUCUGCAGGUGUACUGUGGACUCCAACCCCCGUCCCGCCGUCACCUGGAGCGUCAACGGCAGCGUCCCGCCGCAGGACUACAACACCUCGUCCACACACACUGCACACACUUACUCCACACACACCCUGCAGGAAACCCUCCAGGGUCCGAUGCUCGUACCCCUCACUGUCAUCUGCUACGCCUUCAACAGCAUCGGAAAUGACUCGCACACGCUGCUGCAGGCGGGGGAAGGCAGUCUGUGGACGCUGAUGUCUGCGGUGUGUGUAGUCUUCCUCUUCCUCCUCCUUCUCCUCCUCUUGGUUCUGCUGCUGUGCCACUGCAGAAGAGCAGGAAGACGGCGGCGGCUGAUGAGCUGCAGGCCCCCCGUGUUUGAGGACAGUGUUUAUCAGGACCGCCUGCCGCUCUACAUCAACUGCGCUGAGGUCACAAACAUCUACACCAACGGCAGCUACCAGCUCAUUUACCAGAACUGCACACCUUGCUUCGUCCGCACCAAACAGACCUAUAAGAGACAGAGGAGAGGAGCCCGCAGACUGAAAGCCCAGAGAGAGAGAGGCCGAGACCAUGCUGUGGAUCAGAGAGUGAGAGACAUUCGCACACCUGAGAUCACCGAUCCAGACACGGCCAUCUACGUGGAGGUCAUCUGAACACAACCAUCUGAUCUAAUGUACAGCCCUCACCCUGAAUGAACUCAAUCAGCCAAGACAGCUGAGACAGAGGGGUCUCUGAGAGAGAGUGACAAUGUAGGCCUGAAGUCAGCACAGCACUAAUUGGUGGGGCAUUCUAUUACUUGUUAGCUACAUUAGCCUUGUAGCUCCAGUGCUAAAACUAGAGAUGUCUUUGCUGAUUGACUGUGUUCGGAUGGCUUCAAUGUUUACAGCAUAUCUCACAUUUCAUCACACUGGAAAAAAAACACACUUUGUAUUAUUAUCAAUGUUUUUAUUUUAUAUUUUUUAAAGAAUGUCUCCAAACAGUGUUAUUCAUGUUACAAAAAGAGAGAAAAGGUAGAAACAGUUAGUUCAAAUUGCUCAAUUACAUUUUGUUUGUGUAAUUUGCAUAAAAGAAUUCUUUUAUAAUUACAUUCUUCUGUCUGCAGCAGUCGGCAUUAUGUUGCAACUUAUGAUGAGUUUCCUGUAACAAACAAUUAUUGCCACAUCAUAAAGUGCAAUAAAAAAUGCAGAAAACACAAAA